CACCCUAAUCAAUGUAAAACUAUCUUCAAGAGAGAAUUUGUUCUGGCUGAAGAAUCAGUCACUGGAAAUGUUUGAAUAAGAGCCGGAGGUAAGGAUUACUCUCCUACAGAUCUGCUAAGGUGUAUUCCGUUAUGCACUGUAAACAUCCAACAUGGAGGCGAUUCGGAGGUCAAAACUCCACCUUCUUGAAUGGUUAAUGGCAGACCCUGACUUUAUCUUACAAGCGGUUCAGCAAGAUGGGCUUCUUACUCAACGACAGUACCUGAAGCUGAAAUCAGAGUCGGAUCCUGAAAAGCAGAUUAUAAACCUUCUUGAUAGCGUGAUGGGGAAAGGCCAGCACUUUUGUGAGAAGUUCAUUUCCAUUCUGCAAAAAGAUGAGGUACAGGAUACCUAUCCUAACCUGCGAAUGUGGGACUCACCCAGACACCCAGAAACACCAUCAGUUGCCAGCUCCUGUGGACGGUCGGUUAUAGCUAAUGUUGAAGCAGGUGGAGGUUCCACAGUUGUUUGUCCUGUCAUCCAGGGUAGUACAGGCAGCAUCAGCUUCUCUGUGAAUGUCGACUCAGGGCCCAGUGGCAAUAGCAGGGCAAACAAGCACAUGUCUUUAGAUUCCCGGGUAAAAGAACUGGAGGACAAAGUGCAAGACAAGCAGCAGUUUUUGAAAAGGAAUUGGGCAAACCUGGUUCAAAAAAUAAAAUGUGUUGAUGACCUAGCUGAUGAAAUGAGGGGGAACAGGCUCAACAGCGAAAUGUAUUCCCUAAUCAUGGCUUGCAACACACCUGAAAACAAGAUGAGGAAACUUCUGGAGUACACAAUCACGACUAAAACGGCUUCUGAGCAUCUGUUCACAAAACUGUGCAGGUCACAAUAUUACAUCAUGCAGGAUCUCAUCUCGUAAAGCAAAUACCACCUUCCCUCAAAACCUUAUUAAAAUCAAUG